GUAAACGAGCAAGGCCAAAUGAGUAAUUCGAGGUUAAGAGACAAACAGACAGUACAUUCCUUGACCGUUGUCCUCGCCGAGCGGGAGACGUGUCCGUCUGGAUGAGAGGCAACCCUCCGACAACGAGAAAGCUAAGUAAAGGGAGAUUGCUCGGUGCAACACAAUUGAGAGGGCGUGUCUCGGCCGAAUGACCACCAGUUGACCUACUGCGGGACCCAUUCAUAUAUUUCCUCGUACUCUUUUAGACGUUUGCACCACUGAUAACAGAACAUAUUUCACAGACAAAUCGUACAGUAGAAGCUUUCAAAUUAUUACAUUAGAGAUAUGUAUGUUCACUUAAGGAAAGAUAUUAAGGAUACUUUUUUAUUUGUCUUUUAAUAGGACAGUUGAAAAAAUACAUGCAUAGUUUGAGAUACGUGCACAGACAUUACAGUGACAUUAUAAAGAGGUUUCUAUCUACAGGAAGAGGUAUGUGCAACUUCAUUAUUCUGCAUGCUCUUUUGCCACAGAGUUCCUACUGUUUUCUACAUUGCCGGAGACUGACUUGAACAUUGGAGGAUUUAACGCCGGGAACCCUUUUCCAGGCCCGACAUUGAUAUUUUUGUAUUGUAGGACCACGUGAAGUUUUCACCACGUCAAAUCUCUAACCACAUCCCUUAUUUUUCGUCUUCUCCGCCUUUGGAUAGGAACAACUCUAAUAAACAUAUAUUAUAAACGAGUAAGUUCAAAUUUGAACCACUAUUUUAUUUGACUUAGCUCGGUUACCUUGUCCCAAAAACUUGACUGGUUUACUGGGACUAGAUUUAAUUGAAAAGUAAAAUAAUAUUUUACUAGAUCUCAGAAAUGUUUCCACUGAUCUGGUUGAUGAGAAUAGAAACUUCAACCUCCCAAGAAGAAAAAAGAUCCAUGAAAGAGUUUCGAUCAAAACUCUAUUGACUUGGAACAUCUCACCGCACUCUAAAAUAAUUAGUUUACAGGCUUCAAAUGGUAUAUCUUUAUUCAUCAAAAUGAUAAUGCAAAAAAAAAAAAAGAAGAAGGAAUUGUCUAAUCUUCUGCUGCUAACAAUUAACAAUUUAACAUCCCAUGGAACUAUGCAAGCAAGCAAACAAACAAACAAAGUCAAUCCUGUGCCCUCAUUCCUAACACACAGUCACUGAGUCACAUUGUUGUUUGACUUGAAACUAGUGCAGAUGAACCAUCAGAUCACUUCAAUUGGUGUUGUUUGACUUGAAUUAUUCGUGCAGUAUCAAAAAUAAAUUUUAAAUUUAUUUAAUUAUUUAAAAAAAUGUAUAAGGCUGGUUGAUUAUUGUCAGAGGACUCCUUCGUAGCACACUAUUGUGCCAAAGAAAGUACCUCGAGAGGAUGGAAAAUAACCGUUGGAGCGGUCCUCACGCUGCUCGAUGGAUUGUGGUCUCUUCUCGCAGUCUCCACUCUCCUCAGGCAAAGGCAAAACAAAGAAAGAAGGAGAAGAAGCACGAACUAGCCGUUGCUUCAGGCACCAGGAGGAAAGCAAUUGCUUAUUGCUUCUCUGACACUCGCCAUUACUUUCUCUCUCCUUCACUCGAUGAUGCACCCACAGUAUUUACUUGCUCUCCCCGAGACAAAAGCGAACCCAACCGAGAUUCUUCGCCCUUCGUCUCAAUCCUCUUCCUCGAGCUCGGUCUAGAGUCGUCGCCGGUAGCCAUGGGAUGGAGCAAGCAAUGCAACAACUUGCUGCUGCUGCUGAUUGUGUUCUUCUUAGCAUGCUUUAGUGGCAGCAGCACGUACACUGCUUCUGCUUCGUGGGAUGGGGUGGUGAUCUCCGAGGCGGACUUGCAGGGCUUGCAGGCAGUCAAGCGGGCGUUCUCCGACCCGCGCGGGGUCCUCCGGAGCUGGAAUGGCACCGGGCUCGGCGCCUGCUCCGGCGCUUGGAUCGGCGUGAAGUGCGUCCAAGGCAAGGUGGUGGCGCUCCAGCUCCCCUGGCGCGGCCUCGCCGGACAGCUGUCCGAGAAGGUCGGCCAGCUCUCCGCCCUGCGGAAGCUCAGCCUCCACGACAACGCCAUCGACGGACAGGUCCCCCCUGCCCUCGGCUUCCUCCGCGAACUCCGCGGGCUGUACCUCUUCAACAACCGCUUCUCCGGUGGCGUCCCGCCCUCCCUCGCCGCCUGCCGCUUGCUCCAAGCACUCGACCUCAGCAACAACCUCCUCACCGGAGCCAUCCCUUCGUUAGCCAACUCUUCCAACCUCAUCAGGCUCAAUCUUAGCUUUAAUAGCCUCUCCGGUUCGAUCCCCACUUCUCUCGCCCGACUGCCUUCUCUUUCCUUCCUCCAUCUCCACCAGAACAACCUCUCCGGUCCGAUCCCUGACACCUGGGGAAGCUCUGUCGCCAAUGACUCGUACCAGCUUCAAAGUUUAAAUCUUGCCCAAAACUCCCUCUCCGGCAGCAUUCCGACCUCCCUCUCCAGAUUGCCGAUGCUAAAGGAGCUCGAUUUCAGUAACAAUCAGCUUAAUGGAAGCCUCCCUGCUUCACUCUGUAACUUGCCUUCGCUGGUUGAGCUGAAUCUUCAAGGUAAUCAGCUCGAGAGUCCGAUCCCAGAAGCAAUCGAUGGCCUUAGGAACCUCUCAUUCCUUUCCAUCAAAAGAAAUCAUUUUUACGGCGAAAUCCCUGCGACAAUCGGGAACAUCUCCGGCCUAUCUUGGCUGGACUUGUCGGACAACAAUCUCACCGGAGCAAUUCCGAGCUCAAUCGAGAAGCUCACCAACCUCACUUUCUUUAAUGUUUCGAAUAAUCAUCUCUCCGGGCCAGUGCCGCUUCUCCUUUCCGACAAGUUCAAUUCGAGCUCCUUCGCCGGAAACAUCCAACUAUGUGAUUACGCCAACUCUGUUCCAUGUCUUUCUCCUCCUCCGUCUUAUCCCCCUCCUCCGUCAUCCCCUUCGAAGCAUCGACGAAGACUUAGCUCUACAGCAAUAAUACUCUUAGCGGUGGGGGUCCUCCUUGCUCUGUCGCUUCUGCUCUUCUGCAUUCUGCUCUUCUGCUUGACGAGAAGAAAAACUGCGACGAGCAGCAAGCAGAGCACUACGGCUACUGGAGAGGAGGCGGCUGGCUCCGGCGAGAAGUCCAGGCCUUCAGCUGGCGCUGAGGCCGAAUCUGGCGGUGAUGUCGGAGGAAAGCUGGUCCAUUUCGACGGCCCGCUGGUCUUCGCGGCCGACGACCUCCUCUGCGCCACGGCGGAGAUCAUGGGGAAGAGCACUUACGGGACAGUCUACAAGGCGACACUGGAGGACGGAAGCCAAGUUGCAGUGAAGAGGCUGAGGGAGAAGAUUGCCAAGAGCCAGAAAGAAUUCGAGACCGAGGUGAAUGUGAUCGGAAGGAUUCGGCACCCGAAUCUUUUGCCUCUGAGAGCUUACUACUUGGGGCCUAAAGGAGAGAAGCUCCUGGUCUUCGAUUUCAUGUCCAAGGGCAGCCUUGCUUCCUUUCUACAUGCUCGCAGCCCUGACACGCCGGUGGAUUGGUGUACGAGGAUGCAGAUAGCCAUGGGGAUCACCCGCGGCCUGCGGCAUCUCCACGUCGACCUCAGCAUGAUCCACGGCAAUCUCACGAGCAGCAACGUGUUGUUGGACGAGCACGCGAACGCCAAGAUAGGCGACUUCGGGCUCUCCCGUCUCAUGACCGGCGCCGCCAACUCCACCGUGAUCGCCACUGCCAGCGCGCUCGGGUACCGAGCGCCGGAGCUAUCAAAGCUGAAGAAGGCCAACACGAAGACCGACGUGUACAGCCUCGGAGUCAUCCUGCUCGAGCUCUUGACCGGGAAGUCCCCCGCCGACACGACCAACGGCAUGGACCUGCCGCAGUGGGUGGCUUCGAUAGUGAAGGAGGAAUGGACGAACGAGGUGUUUGAUCUGGAGCUGAUGAAAGAAGCGACGACGACCGGGACGAGCACCGGAGACGAGCUGCUCAACACGCUCAAACUCGCGUUGCAUUGCGUAGACCCGUCGCCGGUUGCCCGGCCGGAGACGGACCAAGUGCUGCAGCAGUUGGAGGAGAUCAAGCCGGAAGCUGCCGCCGCCGCUUCUUUGGAUUCUUCUCCCAAGCAUCUAGGCGCCGCCGGCGGCACAGCUAGUGAAGCAGCAACAAAGCCUUGAUUAGCUAGCUAGCUAGCCAUGGAGGAGAUCUCACGACAGCAACAGCAAUCGAAUGUUUGUAGAUAAUGCUUCUUGUUAGAGUCAGACUUGCAGCUUUUUUCCAAAAGUUAAUUCUUGUUAUUCUUUUCCCUUGCUUAAUUUAUUAUCAUAAGAUAAUUGUAGGAUUGGUUCUGUUGCUAUCUUUGAAUUUUGAUCAAUUCAAAUUUGCCAGGAACAACAAUGCAUUUCUUCCUUCA